ACCAAGAACUCUCCCACACUUGAAGGAUGGACGCUUUAGUGAUGUUCCUGUUCCUCGCCUCUCUCUUGUCCUACACUGUGGGUUUUACAGAAGAAGACAUGAGAGAUGCCAUGCUGCAGAAACUCGGCCUCACGGAACUCCCAAGGAUCCAGAAGAGGGAUUUGGAGAAUGUUAUUGUUCCGGCUCACAUCAAGAACAAGUACCUCUCCAUGCUUAAGCUCCACAACAAACGCAGGCGUCGGUCUGUUCCCAGCCUGGCUGGGAUUCUGCGUGGCGUUCAUGGAAGCGCAGACAUUUCUGGAGAGGUCAUGUACUCGGACACGACACGACAGCGCCUUUCCUUUGGCAUGGACAGCAGAAUUCCAGAGAACAGUGAGGUCACCAUGGCCGAACUGAAACUGUACAAAACGUCGCGCAAAAUGCCCAUUCUGCAGAAGAAGAGCAACAGACCAAUCAAAAACGCCCGUGUGAGCAUCUACUGGGUUGAAACUCUGGCGAAUGCCAAAAACAGGACUUCACUUGUAGACUCAAGGUUGGUACCAAUUCACGAGUCUGGAUGGAUAAGCUUUGAUGUGACGCAAGCAGUUCAGUACUGGUCUAAAACUGAGCGUAAAACUCCAUUGCACCUGGAAGUGUGGAUCGAAGGUGAAAGGCCUGGCACCCACGCUGCAGAGAUGGCGCGGACUGUGCGCUUUGCUACUGAAGAUCCCUCCAGCGCCAGCACUAGCAAACCAGAACUAGUCCUGUUCACCCUGGACUUGGAAGAAUUUGGGUCUAGAGGAGACUGCAAAUCUGGCAAAGGAAACGGCAUGUGCUGCAGAGAGGAGCACUUCAUCAACUUCCGAGAGAUGAGCUUGACGCAGUACUGGAUCAUUGAACCCGUCGGGUACCAGGCCUUCCGAUGCGCCGGGGGAUGCAAGCAGCCCAAGCGCAGUUAUGCAUACGGACAGCGGACGUGCGCGGUCGUGGAAAGCGCGCCACUGCCCAUCAUGUACCUUGUGAAGAGAGGAAACCAUACAGAAAUCGAGGUGGCCGAAUUUCCGAACAUGAUCGUGGAGAAAUGCGGAUGCACCAUGGACAAUGGCUCUAUGGCAUAG